CGGCGGGGAGGACAUCUCUGUGUCACUUGUGGGGAUUCAUUGUUUUAUCUUUUUGGACUAGCCCAUGAGCAUGCCGUCUUUAGGCGCCUGUGCGUCGCCCACAUGAGGAAAUAAGGGUAGGAACUCGGCCCGAUGUCUCAAAUUUGUAUUAGCUAAUCUAAACGAUUGACAGCACAACUUCUCCAGUCGAUGUUUGCAGAGAUUGGGUACCUGACUCGUGCCGUCGUAUGUCGAUGAAAAGCUGCAACAGAACCCCCCCCCCCCAAGGCCGCACCCCAAGUAUCGCCUCUCCGAUUGUGACAUCUGUGUGGGCGGGCUCACUGCUCAGGGCGAGGGCAGGCAGGCGGCUAGGCAGGCGGGGCUCUGGCUCAGCGCAGCUCUUCCUACCCCAUCGUGCAGAUUGGCUGGCCUGCUGCCUGUCCCGCCGGUGCUAGUGUUCCGGCGUGCCCAGGCCGGCGAGGCGUCAGCGCCUUUUCCACCCAGUGCUCUCACUGGUGCCGCGUGGCCAAACCCCGCCGUUGCUCCCCGCGCGCGGCGCUGCGGCACCGGCCGGUGGGGACUGAGCGAAAGGCCAUGGAAGCGGCGGGCGCGUUGUGGCAGUGGCAGUCGAGGACGGAUGAGCGGCGGCUGCUGGAAAUCCUGUCCUACGGGCUGGUGGGCAUAGGGGCGCUCUCCGCGCUGCUGCUGUGCUUCCUGCGGAUGCCGUACGGGCGCUACUUCAGUCGCCGCUUCGGCUACCCCGUGCCCGCCCGCCUGGCUUGGACGCUGCAGGAGCUGCCGUCGCUGCUGGUCCCGCUGGGGCUGAGCCUCUUCAGCGGGGCGGCCCGCCUCUCCGAGUGGCCGAACCGGGUCCUGGUGGCGCUCUUCAUCGUGCACUACGCGCACAGGGCACUCAUCUUUCCUGUCUUGAUUCGUGGAGGAAAACCAACACCAUUCAUUAUUUUUGCGCUAGCACUCAUAUUCUGUGUCUAUAAUGGAUACUUGCAAGGCCGGAGCUUAAGUAAUUAUGCAGAAUAUCCUUCUGGUUGGCUGAAAGGUCCUUGUUUCAUUGUAGGUUUUGCAGGGUGGCUGAGUGGCAUGGCAAUUAAUAUCUAUUCUGAUCACAUUCUCAGAAAUCUGAGAAAACCAGGGGAAACAGGCUACAAAAUACCAAGAGGAGGAUUGUUUGAAUAUGUAACUGGAGCCAACUUUUUUGGAGAGAUUCUUGAAUGGUUUGGAUUUGCUCUUGCCAGCUGCACCUUUGAAAGUGCUGCUUUUGCCAUAUGCACACUUUUCAUCCUAGGUUCCAGGGCACACCAUCAUCAUCAAUGGUAUCUUGAGAAAUUUGAAGACUACCCAAAGUCCAGGAAGAUUGUGAUUCCAUUUGUGUUCUGAGACCUUCUAUCAGAGGAACGCAAUCGAAUGCUACAUCCAGACCCAUCAGUCUCCACCUCUCAGAAUGGUUGUUGAGUGUCUAGAUAAAGAGUGGGAAUAUUCCCUGGUGGUUCAAGAGAUUCUGUCCAACAGUAGGAACCAAUCAAUUAUGUCUGCUUACUGGCCAACUGGAAAAGGUUCUCUGCUUGGUCCAUUGCCUGGGGGAUACAACCUGUUUAAGCAAGAAUCCAGGACAUUUUAGACUACCUCUUACAUUUCAAGUCGUCAGGCCUUUCAGUGAGUUUUCUAAAGAUUCACUUGGCAGCAAUCACUCCCUUCUAUGGGGGAAUGGAUAAUAGAUUGGUAUCUUCCAACCCCCUGGUUGCUAGCAAGGCUGUCAAUUAAUUGCAGUUAACACAAGUGAUUAAUGCAAAACAAAUUAACUAGAUUAAAAUAAUAGUUUAGUUUUAAUUGCACGGUUAAUAAUGGAAUGCCAAUUUAAAUGUAUUUGGAUGUUUUUCUAGAUUUUCAAAUAUAUUUAUUUCAAUUACAGCACAGAAUACUAAGUGUGCAGUGAUAACUAUUAUUUUUAUUACAAAUAUUUGCACUCUGAAGAAGAUAAACUAAAUUAAUUUUUUUAAGUUCACCUCAUACAAGUACUGUAGUGAAAUCUCUUUAUUGUGAAAGGGCAAUGUAUGUAAAAAAAUUUCAUAACUGCAUUGAAAAACAAAAUAAUGUAAAACUUUAAAGCGUACAAGUCCACUAAGUCCUAUUUCUUGUUCAGCCAAUUGCUAAGACAAACAACCAUUCCCAGAGAAUAGUUAUCAGUGGUUCACAGUCAAGCUGGAUGGGCAUAUCAAGUGGGGACUCACAGGGAUCAGUUCUGGGUCUAGUUCUAUUCAAUAUCCAUUAUUUAGAUAAUGGCAUAGAGAGUACACCUAUAAAGUUUGUUGACGAUACCAAGCUGGGAGGGGUUGCAAGUGCUUUGGAGUAUAGGAUUAAAAUUCAAAAUAAUCUGGAAAAACUGAAGAAAUAGUAUGCAGUAAAUAGGAAGAAAUUCAAUAAGGACAAAUGCAAAGUACUCCACUUAGGAAGAAACAAUCAGUUGUACACAUACAAAAUGGGAAACGUCUGCUUAGGAAGGAGUACUGCAGAAAGGGAUUUGGGGAUCAUAGUGGAUCACAAGUUAAAUAUGAGUCAACAGUGUAACACUGUUGCAAACAAAGCAAAUAUAAUUCUAGGAUGUAUUAGUAGGAGUGUUGUAAGCAAGACACGAGAAGUAAUUCUGCUCUGCUCCACACUGAUUAGGCCUCAGCUGGAGUAUUGUGUCCAAUUCUGGGUGCCACAUUUUAGGAAAGCUGUGGACAAAUUGGAGAAAGUCCAGAGAAGAGCAACAAAAAUGAUUACAGGUCUAGAAAACAUAACCUAUGAGGGAAAAUGGAAAAAGAUGGGUUUAUUUAGUCUGGAGAAAGAAGACUGAGGGGAGAUGGUAACAGUUUUAAAGUAUAUAAAAGAUUGUUACAAGGAGGAGGGAGAAAAAUUGUUCUCAGUCACGUCCAAGGAUAGUACAAGAAGCAAUUGGCUUAAAUUGCAGCAAGGACAGUUUAGGUUGGACAUUAGGAAAAACUUGGAAACUGUCAGCAUGGUCAAGCACUGGAAUAAAUUGCCUAGGGAGCUUAUGGAAUCUCCAUCAUGGAGAUGUUUUAAGAGCAGGUUAAACAAACACCUGUCAGGGAUGGUUUAGAUAAUACUUAGUCCAGCAUUGAGUGCAGGGGACUGGACUAUAUGACCUCUUGAGGUCCCUAUAAUUCCAUGGCAGUGUUGUAGCUACUAUUCCCCACGACCCAGCGUGAGUUUACAGCACUGGAGGCAAACCAGCCAUCGGUCACCCGGCACCGGAGUACGGCACCGCUAACCUCACCAGCACUGAGUGCGAGACACCGAUCCCAGUCCCGAGACUUCUGGUACCAUUCACGUUCCCGGUCAGCCAGGCACUGCUCCCCGGCUCCCUGGCACCCUGCCACUGCUCAAGGUUCGGCACCGCCCUGAUCCUCUCUGUUGGCAUCCUCUGGCUCCAAGGCUGACUCCAGUCACUCUAGCUAUAGCAGACAUCGAACAAUAGCCAGCAGAGAAUCCCAGCCAGCAUGGCAGCCACAGUGGCCUCCUCCGGGUCAGUGGCCCUUCUGGACCCCAUGGGCCUACCACCAGCAACAGGGCAUCUCCUCCAGAGCCUCUAGGUCCGGACAAUCUAUGCGACUCCAUUCCAGGUCGCCACACAGGCACUCAUCAAGGGCAAGGGAGGUCACUCUCUCUAGGCCACCCCUGGACCCACAAGAGCAACCGGUGCCCCCAGGCCCAAUACCCGAGGUGGUGCUAAGCUCUGCGACACCUCGAGAGGUGUCAGCCCCUCAAGGCCCUGAAAUGACCCAGGCAUAUGAGGACACAUACAGGAGGGUCUAGAUGAGGGCAACCUGCAGCACCUCACUUCCUCCUCCCGAGAUGAGGCAGUGGCAGGUACAUCAGUCUCAGGACUGCCACCGAUGGACCACAGGCCUCACCAGGAGCUGCUCCGUAGGAUCACCCUCAAUAUAGGCCUCCAGGUGGAAGAAACAGUUGAGCAGGAGGAUCCAAUGGAGGAUAUCCUGACGCCCGAGGGUCCCUCCAGAGUCACGCUCCCUCUCAUAAAGACCAUACAAACGAAUUACAAAACAAUAUGGCAGACCCCAGCCUCCAUCACGCCGAUGGCCAGGGCCGUAGAAUGGAAAUACUUCGCUCCCUCCAAGGGCUACGAGUUCCUGUUCUGCCAUCCAACUCCCUGUUCCCUAGUCAUUUCAGCAGUCAACAAAAAGGAACAGAGCCAACAAGCCUCGGCCCCAAAGGCCAAGGAAGCCAAGCGUUUGGACCUCUUCGGUAGGAAGGUCUACUCCUCCGGAGGCCUCCAGUUAUGCAUAGCCAAGCAGCAGGCAAUCCUUAAUAGACAUACUUUCAACUCUUGGAUGGCAGUGUCCAAGUUUAAGGAUCGCCUGCCCCAGGACUCACUCUGAGUUUGCGACUUUAAUCGAAGAAGGGAAGACAGUGGCUAAGAUUUCAUUACAAGCCUCCCCUCGAUUCAGCAGACUCUGCAGUCAGAACCAUUUCAGAACCCUUUCUGCUGAAAGUAAUUUCUCUAUCCAUAUAUGUGUAUCAUUAAUGCCUAUGAAGUUAGGAGAAUUAUGUUGUACGAUGGUCAUUAAAACAUGCUGUAAGUUGGGGAAUCAGCCAGAUAUUAGCUCCCCAGAGGCGGCAGCAAGGAAAGUAACCAAGCCCAGGUGGGGUGUCAAACAACCCAUCAACAACCAUUGCAUUGUAGCUCCCUUGCUGGACAAUGAUUCACCUGCGUGAGGCCACACCAGGGGAAUUGCUCAACCUUGCUUGGAGAGACUCAGCAAUGACCCCAGACAUGCCUGGCCUCGUGCUCCCCAAGCACAUGGACUGAGGGUAUAAAACAGACAGAGUGGACACAUUCUGGGCCCUUCUCCUGCCCCCACCUUCAGCGCAAGCAACUAAGACACAUAAAAGAAGACCAGACUCCAACAGAGGAGAUUGUUCCUUAAAUCUGGGCCAAACCUGUAUAUUAAGGACUGCAGUAUCCAGUGGGUGAGAAAAGCUGCUUAAUCUAGAUGUUGCCCAGUCUAAUAGGGUUGAGAGUUUAGACUGCGUGCUUAUAUUUUAUUUUAUUUUGGUAACCACUCUGACUUUCUGCCUAUCACUUAAUAUCACUUAAAAAUCUAUCUUUGUAGUUAAUACAUUUGUUUAUUCUACCUGAA